CCGUGAGCACGUUCAAGCGGACAAAUUACUGGAUGCGAGGUCAAAGUAAACAACUGGUUCGAAGGCACAUUCCCAACUGCACCGUGCUCGUAUGAAACAAAAGCAAACCAGUCAGGCUAGUCAUUUUGUCUUUGCAAACGCAAAGCAAUGCAGCAAAGACAAUUGAAAUUCCGAUGAGAACGUGGCGCUGGUGUUACGACCAGCUAUCGGAUCAUAUGAACUCAGUGCCAUCGGAAUUCGAGUUAGUGCCGGUUGUGUGUGGCGACCGAACAAAAACAAGCGGACCGGUUUUGUUGAUCAGCACCUCCACUCUAUGCCAAAAUCGUUGCGCGGUGCUUAGUGAAAAGGUGCAUAUUUAGAAAUAUAAGUGAUUUCUCUAAGAAAUGAAAGUGAAGAAAGUUUGUGUCCUUAGUCUUUUGUGCACAUACUCCUUGAAUGCCCUUUUAUGUAGAUUUUAGCGAGCGAACGAAAAAAUUUAAAAUAUAAUUAAUUUUUAAAAAUUAUAAACUAAAAUGAAAACAACGCAACAAAAAAGUACUGGGCUUGCUAAUGCCAAGACGAAGCAAUGAAAAUUGUAUUUGCGUAAGUCGUACAACAUAUGCCAUCGCGCAGCUGUUUUAAUAUUUUGCAACAAACACCGCGUUGCUGAAGGAAUAAAAUUCAAAAGAUUAAGUUGGGCUUUGUGCUGUGAGCGUUUUGGAACUAAAUCAAUGAUCAAUCAACGUCUUCUCCAAACCAAUUCACUAAGAAACGCAUAUGUUGUACUCUAUCAAUCAUAUGGCCCUCUCCCCUAUAAUAUUUAAGAUGAGAAGAUGUUUAUAAACUCUUCAUUUUGUCAAUAAUUGAAAAAUUUUCACGCUCUACGCCUCUUGGCAAUCGUGACUUGGUAAACAUUUGCACUGGCGGCAUUUUUCUCCUUGGCACAUUUUAUUAUGAUGGCUCUUGACGGCAAGACGAUAAUUAAAGAAGAAAUUACUGAUAAGGACGUCUAUGAGGCUGCUGCAUCCAAUAAUUCUAGUCGACGGAACAAAGCAAAUUCUUCCUCCAACUCUUCUUCCGGCAAGGACUCGAGCAACAGCAACAACUCGUCGCAAACUAACGGCUGCACUGGUGCAAGUGGUAGCAGUGGGGUGAGCAACUCUAGUUCGAUUUGUACGAAUCCGAACGCUAACGGAGCGCGCAGUUGCCGCACCCCCGACUCCCCGGAGAGCGCACGUGCUAUUGCACCACGUUCACCUAUGUCACCACAACUGCAUCAUUCAAGCCUGGCCCCACCACCACCACGACCGAAUCGUAAUGCCAGCGCCUCACCGGUAGUGAAUGGAGCAACCACCACCACAUCACCGCCUCCACUCCCCACACCACCUACACAAGCGGCACUGGCCGCGGCCGCUGCUGCAGCUACUGCAGCUGCAGUGCAUGCUGAGCAGGCACGACUACUCAGUAAGAUACGUAAAUUCCUUGGUUCUCUGGUACAGUUAGCGCAAGAGAUUCAUCCCGAAGUGAGCGAUCGUGUGCGUGCGCUAGUGCUUUCACUGGUCAGUGGAGGCAUAAGCAUUGAUGAGUUCCGCCUAACGCUGCAAGAUGCCAUCAAUUUGCCAUUGCGCCCGUAUGUCAUUCCAUUACUCAAAAAUCAUAUUUCCCUGCUGCAACGCGAGAUCUCCGAAUUAGCGCGUGCCAGUAAUCAGACUACACUACAAUACGUUACCACGAAUGAGAAUGUUGUAAUGGAGUUUUCUCCACACGGGCCUUCUGCGGAAUACAGUGACAUGUUCGUACACAUGGAUGCUGCGCAGGCUGCUGCAGCGGCAGCCGUUGCCCAAGCUACAGCGUCCAACAGCGCCGGUACUACCAGCCUCGUCUUUAAGCGCCGAGCUUCGGACACUCUGAUGGAACACCACAAUGGAAUACAAGACUGGAAUGAUUAUAUGGCCGCUUAUCCACCUGCCAAGCGUGCUUUACACGCACAUUCGGCUCACUUAAGCGCCGCAUCUGCCGAUGCACGUCUUGCAUUUACCAGCCAACCAACCGUUUUUGAUUACUCGGCGGCAGCUAGUAGCACGUCAGCAGUAACUCAAUCCGAGAAUAAUUUCAACAGUCUUAUGGAGAAGGCAAAUCACAGGGAAGAUCGUGAUCUGCGAGUUAAUAUCGUUGCUGAAAAUGCAGCGCAACGACAUCCUUCACGGGUUGGUCCCCCAAGCACAAGCACUAGUGGGGGUGCUGCCAGCAGCGUCAAUACCACACUUGGCGGCGAAGAGGAAUGGAAGAAUAUACACACCAUGUUGAACUGUAUCUCGGCAAUGGUAGAUAAGACAAAACGGGCAAUUACCAUAUUGCAACAGCGGGGCGUAGAGCCCCAACAGCCCAACUACAGCGAAGUCACACCAGCAUCACUGGCCGAAAUACGACGUCAGACUGAAGAGAAGGUCGCUGAGUUCAAACGAAAUGCCGAGGAAGCAGUCAACCAGGUGAAACGUCAGGCGGUGAUUGAAAUACAGCGCGCAGUGGUAGCAGCUGAAACACGCGCAUCAGAAGUGAUGUCGCAGGAACGCUUGCGCAUGGAAAAGUUUUUCGUCGAGAUGAGUCGCCAUUCAGGCGGUAUCCACAAUUCCAGUACAACUAUCGCAGGUGUAGCAGCAGCAACGGUGCCAGCCGAACGUGAAUUGGACAACAAGUCUCCGUCGAUUACAGCCGGGCAAAAUGCUUGCUGGAAUUGUGGACGUAAAGCAACCGAAACUUGUUCUGGCUGCAAUUUAGCCCGUUAUUGUGGCGCUUUCUGCCAGCACAAGGAUUGGGAACACCAUCACCAGAUUUGCGGCACCACGCGAUCAUCUGACCUUUCUGCUAAACACAGUGUGUCCCAGGGGAUCCCACUUACGGCGAACAUGCGCGGAUCCAUCUCAAGAUCUCCGCCCAAUCAGCCGCAGUCAUCACAGUCAACGUCUCAAGUGCCGCAGCCGCAGAACUCAGGCAGCGGCAGUGUUGCGCCACCCAGUUCACUCGUGGCGAACGGGGUCAGCUCCAAAUGACGCAUUCGCAUGAUGAAACCGAAGAAAAAGUACUUGUGCUAGUCAAAUUAAACUAAAAAUUAAAAUAUGCAUAAAUUAAUUAGAAUUAACUACAAUAUAAACUACAUUUAUUGAUACUAUGUAUAAAAAUCUGCGAAAAAUUACAAAUGAGAACUUGAGAACGACAUUGAAACGCUAAAAAUAAAAGUAAUUUUAUUACAUCAGCCCAACAAUAUCAAAACCAUAAUCAAAAUAGACUUUAAAAAUUUAUUAUAUAAUAUAAUGUAAUAGAGGAGAUACAAUUUUAACGUUUGGUAUUCACUUAUACAAUUGCAGACUUCAAAUGUUAUUGAACCGUUUUAUGCACAGAUACUAAAUAUAUCACAAUAUGAGAGCACCCCUAGAGCAAUGUAGAAGCUCACUUUGAUUUCAAUGGUUGAAAAUUUAAAAUAUUCUCCGUCAUUGACUCAAGAAAGUUAAAAAUUUGUAAACCGAUUUAAAAUAUAGUAGAACUAAUAUUAAAGUAAUUAAUCUGAGAGUGAAAAACCAAAAACUAGAAAACAAAAGAAAUAUACGGUAAUUUUAGUAAUUUAUUUAUUACGUAUUAUAAACAGAUUUUAAUAAUCUUAAAUGUAUUAAUUUAUGUUACUGCUCAAUAAAAUAAAUAAAUUUGAAAAGCUAACUAAUUGACUGUAAA